AUGGGAAAACUGGAUGAUUUUACUACGGCGUCACCGAUAGCUCUGAGUCCCUACCUUGGUGAGGCUGUAUCGCUGAACUGUGUACCACCCCCCAGUGUUCCUAUGGCUGAUAUCGAGUGGAUCCUAAUCUCAAGUGAGGGACAUGUGGAGCUUGUAAAUUAUAACAACAGAAUCACAAAGGAUUACGAAGGUCGCUUAUACAUCACCAAUGUUCAACAAGAAGAUUACCAGAACGGAAAAGCAUAUAGGUGUAUGGUUACUAAUCACUUCGUAAGAAAAAAUACGUAUGACAAAGCCAUUCACAUCAUUCCCAGAGGAAAUUUACCACUGCAAAGACCUGCCGAGUAUCUAUGGUCCUCACCCUCUAAUGUAUUAGGUCUAAAAGGAGAGUCACUCAAACUCAAAUGUAUAUUCAGUGGAAACCCUACCCCGGAUGUGCUAUGGUCAAAGAACUACGAUGUCCUUCCACAUGAAUAUAACGUAUCCCUCGGGGGACAGGAACUUACCAUUACAAAUGUAACAGAGGGGGACGCUGGGUCUUAUCAAUGCUAUGGCUCAAACAGUAACGGAUCGCUGGCAUACCGGGAUAUUUCAGUUCGAGUGGAAUCUAAACCAUACUGGGACAUUGAACCGCAUGACAUAAAUGCAAGCGCCGGGGCAACAGUGACCUUUAUUUGUAAGGCCAAAGGUUAUCCUGAGCCAGUCAUAACAUGGUUCAUCAAUGGGAUCAAGCUUCAGGAAUCUCAAAAACCAAUUCUACACAGCCACCGAUUUUUGAAUCCUGACGCAAACAACAUCACAUUUGUCAAUGUGAACCACCAAGAUAGAAUGGUCCUGCAGUGUAAUGCCUCGAACACGCAUGGUUAUGUGUUCGCUGAUUUCUAUCUUAACAUACUGGAUUAAUGAGAGAUGCCGCGGAUACAGAAUAUAUAAGAAAUUUCUCAUCGACUGGAUAAAGAAGGAUUAUUCCAAUUUUUGAUUAUUCAAACGUUUGGAA